GCGCGGCCGCGGCGCCGGCCCCGGGAUGUCGCGCAAGAAGGCGGCUCGCAGCAAGGGCGGCGGCGCCGCGCCCUCCGCCGCGCUGCCCCCCGCCGCACAGGGCACCGGCCGCGCCGCCGCCGCCCCCCGGGGCAGCGCCGCCGCCGCCCCCGAGCUGCCCCGCAACGGCGGCGCGGCGGCGGCCGGGCGGCCCUCGCUGAGCAGCAGCGGGGAGUUCUACGAUCUCGCCUUCAAGGUGAUGCUGGUGGGCGACUCGGGGGUGGGCAAGACCUGCUUGCUGGUGCGCUUCAAGGACGGCGCCUUCCUCGCCGGCAGCUUCAUUUCCACGGUGGGAAUCGACUUCAGGGUGAGUGCCUGGGCCUUGGCCCUUCCCGGGGUCUGGCAGAACAAGGUGCUGACGGUGGAUGGGGUGAAGGUGAAGCUGCAGAUCUGGGACACAGCCGGACAGGAGCGCUUCCGCAGCGUCACCCACGCCUACUACCGGGAUGCCCACGCCCUGCUCCUGCUCUACGAUGUCACCAACAAAGCGUCCUUUGACAACAUCCAGGCUUGGCUGACAGAGAUCCAUGAAUACGCACAGCAGGAUGUGGUCCUCAUGUUACUGGGAAACAAGGUGGAUUCAGCUCAGGACAGAGUGGUGAAAAGGGAGGAUGGAGAGAAACUUGCCAAGGAGUACGGAGUGCCCUUCAUGGAGACCAGUGCCAAGAGCGGCCUCAACGUGGAAUUAGCGUUCACAGCCAUCGCAAAGGAGCUGAAGCACAGGUCCAUGAAGCUGCCCAACGAGCCCAAAUUCAAGCUCCACGACUACGUGAAGAAGGAAGUGCGAGGCUCGGGCUGCUGCAGGUCCUAACGCGUGUUUGUACAGAGACUGGGGCCCGUGGGCAGUGUGUGCAUGUCUGUCUGUGUGUCUGUGUCUGCCCCAAAGGCCAGCUGAGGCCAGGACACAGGAGCAGCAGGAAAGGCUCUGCAGUUCCACAGCCCCAUCGCAUCCAUCGGCCCCGGCUGCCCUCGCCAGCGUUCCUGCCCAGCUCGCAGGUGGGAGUGGGUGUUUGGGAAGGGCUGGGCUCUCCUCCUGUGCCUGCUCUGUGAGGCUGCUGUACCCUUUGUGAGAGCCAGCGUGUGACACAGGGGAACCAACACCUCCCUACCUACAAGGAAAGAAAGUCCUGACUUUUUUCUGGGUAGGAAUAAGUCCUGAAUUCCCUUUUCUUCCCCUGUGUACCUGGAAUUCAGCUGAGAGCCCUGGCCUGGGGCGUGCAGGAAGGGUGUGUUUGAAGGCAGCCAUUUCUGUAGUUGCUUUCUCCUGUCUGUCCAUCCCUGUGAGGUGGGACACGCUUCCACAGUGAGGGAUUCUCCCGUUCCCUGCAAAGGCCCAGCUUGCCUGUCCGAGUGAGCUCCUGCACACCUGGCUGUGUACAGAUCUCUGAAUGUUCAUCCCUUCGGGAAAGGCUCUGCUUGUCCUCCUUCCACCCUUUCUAGUACUUUGAGAAGAAACCUAAUGUAUUGCAGCUUAUUCUAAAUACCUUCCUGUAAGUGUGAUGGUGUUUUCAGACUGCAACAACGCUUUGAUAUCUUCAAAGUUCUCUUGGGCAGCUCUUUCUUUUCACUGCGGAGAGCUGGGGGGAAGCUGCAGGCAGUGAUUUUACAGGCUGCAGACUCCUGCCAGCUCUCUUCAAGGGCCUCCUCACCCCUUUGGUCUGUGUCAGGCUUUUGGCUGGUUUUUUGUCAAGCUGCACUUCUCAGUACAGAUUUGAAUCUGGAUGAAGUGUUUGGCCUUUGGCAAUUUUUCCCUUUGAAAACUCCACGCACACAUCAGCAGGUGCCCGCUGUGACGAGCCUCGGUGGCCUCUCCAAAUGAAACAGAGUAACCCAUCCUUUGCCCUCCAGCCAGCACAGCCCCCCAGCUGCUGACUCAGAUGCCCCUGCCCCUCAUUUUUCCUGGGAUUUUGGCUCCAGCCCUGCCUUCCCUAUGGGCACAAGGAGCCUCCGCAGCUCCCACGUGCUCCCAGCUUCACUCCUCAGGGAGCUACAGCACACGAGCAGCUACAGCUUCACAGGGUGAAAAGGGAUCUUAAAAUGAACUUGUUCUUUCCCCCAAAUAGUAUUUUAGGGGAGAGACGAGUCUUAAAAUGUUUUGUGUGAGGCAGGGCCAGCCUGGCAGAGGCAGGGAACUGCCAAGAAGCUCCACAACCGUUUCCUCAUCCUGCCCUUGGAGCAGCAGCAGCCCCAUCCCGAGGUGACAAGGAUUCUCCCUAAAGGCAAAAUUUAGGAUUCCUAAUGGAUUAGGAUUCCUAAUGUCAGGCUGCUGCCUUCCCUCUCCCUCAGGCUGGCGUCUGUCUGGGUUACAAAGCUGACAACUGCUCAAUUCUUGCUCAGAGUGGGUCUAAAACAAAUAAAAACUCCUUUGAAUGAGGAAGAGGUAAACAUUUCCCUUUGGAGCACUUCCAGCCUGCCUGUGGGGAGCAGACUCUGCUGCAGCAGAGGCCUCACAGCCAUGGCUGUGGUUUAGAACUAAACCCGGAGCAGGCUCUGCCCCAGUCACCAGUUCCCAGUGUGGGACUGGUUCCCCAGUGCCUGCACAGUGGCCUGGCCCCAAAGCUCCUCCUCACGCUCACUUGGGAUUUUUCCAUGGGCUUUUGCUGCCACCACGCGGAAUUGCUCAGCACCGCAUUAAUUAAUUAUUCGAGUUAAUUGCUCAGUGCACCCAGCCAUGUACGAGGACUCUGCCUCACCUGCAGCAUCCCAUUUCUGCUGGCUCUUGUUUACAGCUUUUGGUUCAUUCCUGUUAAUAAAUUUUUUUAAUAAUC